GCUAGAUAUGAAGCCUCAUAUGCUUUGCAAGAGUUGAGAGUUAGCGGUUAUUGAAAUGUAACUGAGCAUGUCACUGUUUACGAAAAUAAACGUGAACAACGAGUAACUCUAAAGCAGUCGUUUGAUUUCUUUGGAUUAAAUUAUUGUUUGAUAUAAAAGAUCGUUAAAUAAUGGGGAAAAGAAAACUCAAUAUAGACGAUGAACCCGCUACGGAAGCAACAAAUGAAAAUGCUGAUUCUAAAAAGUUGGAAGGAAAAUGGAAAAAUAAACAGAGGAUUUUAAUUUUUGCAUCUAGGGGUAUAUCAUUUAGAGAUCGGCAUCUUAUGACUAAUUUAAGAACCCUCUUGCCUCAUUCUAAGCCAGAUUCAAAAAUGGAUAAAAAGUCUUCACUGUUGAUGAUUAAUGAAAUAUGUGAAAUGAAAAAUUGCAAUCAGUGCAUUUAUUUUGAAAAUAAGAAGCGUUCUGAUCUUUAUAUGUGGAUAUCUAAAGUACCUAAUGGUCCAUCUGCUAAAUUUCUUGUGGAAAAUGUUCAUACCAUGGAAGAACUUAAACUUACUGGGAAUUGCUUAAAGGGAUCACGUCCGAUUUUAUCUUUUGAUAGUAGUUUUGAAACUGAACCUCACUUAAUGCUCUUGAAAGAACUUUUUACUCAGGUUUUUGGAACACCAAAAAAUCAUCCCAAAAGUCAACCUUUCUUUGAUCAUGUAUUCAAUUUUAAAUUUUUGGACAAUCGUAUAUGGUUUCGAAACUAUCAAAUAGAAAGUGAUGGUACUUCAUUAGUUGAAAUUGGACCAAGGUUUGUGCUGAAUCUAAUAAAAGUUUUUGAUGGAAGCUUCUGUGGAUCAGUAUUAUACACAAAUGUCCAUUAUAUAACCCCAAGCAUGCAUCGGAGAAAAGUAAAACUAGAAGCUGUUAAUCGUUAUAAAAAUAAGUUUGAUGCCAAGAAAAAUUUGAUUAUGCGACGACCGGAAGUGAGUUAUCAUACAGAUCCUUAUGAAGAAGUGUUCCAAACUGUAGAUCCCAAUAAAGACUCUGAUGAUGAGUAAUGUUAGAGGCAUUGUUAAAACGAAACAAAAAAACUCAUCAUGUUGUAAAUAAUAAAAAGUUUUUUUAAUGACUGCUUAA